UCAGCAGGGUUGCAAAAUUCCCUCAACCUCCCAUACAUACAGCAGCUCUUCUAGACACAGGUUUUCCCAGGAGAAAUGCAGGGACCCCAGCCAUAUCUCCCACCCUGAGAAAUUCUGGAGUUUCAGGGAGCCCAGGAGCUCUUCAGAGGCCACCUUCUCUGAAGGGAUUGUUCUUAGACCUCCAUCUAGAGGCAAAUGUUGACCCAUCCAUGCUGAAACCCAUAGUUCUUCCUGGGUCACCUUCUCCCACCCACUCCUGGAUGGCAGGAAGCAGUAGCACUAAAGCCACACCAGAAAUAGAUUCAGGGCUGACAGGAGUCACCUUGUCACAUGAGACAUCUACAGGUGUGAUUGUGGUGAUGGAACAUACUCUGCCCUUUACUUCCCCAGCUAAGACCUUGGCCAGUCCUGCAUCUUCGGUUGUGGGAAGAACCACCCAGUCUUUGGGCGUGAUGUCCUCUGCUCUCUCUGAGUCAACCUCUAGAGGAAUUACACACUCCGAGCAAAGAACCAGCCCAUCACCGAGUUCCCAGGUCAAUGGAACUUCCUCUAGGAACUCCCUUGCUACAAGCAUGGUCUCAGGAUUGAGUUCCCCAAGCACCAGGACCAGUUCCACAGAAGGGAAUUUUACCAAAGAAGCAUCGACACAUACACUCACUGUAGAGACCACAAGAGGUCCAGUCACUGAAAGGUACACAGCCCCCACUGAGACCUCAACGACCAAAGGUGACAGUACAGGGACCCCCUGGAACAUAAGAUAUAUUCCUGCAAAAAUCACAUCUCUAAUGAAGACAUUUGUAGAUUUGACUGCAUCCAAGGAAAGUGUCCCACUGUCUAUGACUCCAGCUGAGACCACAGUUAUGGACCCACAUACUCCAGGAAGGACACACCCAUCAUUUGGGACAGUUUCUUCUUCCUUUCUUGACUUAUCAUCAUCUAGAGGGACCCCAAAUUCCAGAGCCAGAACAAGCCUGGAACUGACUCCCUCAACCACUGGAUAUCCCUUCUCCUCUCCUGAAUCUGGCUCCCCAGCACACAACAGAAUAAGUACCAGUGUGCCUUUGCUGUCAUCUGCUUCAGUUUUCAAUAAUAAAAUAUCAGAGACCAGCAUAUUCUUCGGCCAGAGUAUCACCUCCCCUAUGUCUCCUGGGAUGCCUGAGGCCAGAACCAGUGCAAUGCCCAACUCAGCGAUCCCUUUUUCCAUGACACUAAGCAAUGCAGAAACAAGCACUGAAAGGGUCCGAAGUACAAUUUCUUCUCUAGGGACUCCAUCUACAUCCACAGAGCAGACAGCAGAGAGUGUCCUUACCUCCCGUGCCUUCACUGAGACCACAGAUCUACCCAGCACCCACACAACCAAGACUUUGGCUUUAGAAUGGUCAGAGAGUCCAGGUGCCCUCAGUGGCACCAGCAAUUCAGUGCUGACAACCACAUCUCCAUCUACCACUUUAGUCUCAGAGAAGACCGAUACCCAUUACUCCAUACAUGGAAAGGAAACAGAAGGAAAUUUGAAAGCAUCUAUGACUCCACUUGAGACCUCUGCUCCUGGAGAGGAGACUGAAAUGACUGCCAACUUGGGCCCCACUCCAAGUUUUACCACCCUUGACAGGAAGAUCAGAAGUCCAUCUCAGGUCUCUUUAUCCCACCCAACAAGAGAGCUCAGCCCCACAGGCAGCGCCUCUGGGAGGCAGAGUUCCAGUACAGCUGCUCACGGGAGCUCUGACACCCUGGGGGCAACCACUUCUAGCAUCUCACCAGCAUCCUCAUGGACCAGUGAAAGCACAGCUCAGCACUUUAGUGAACCCCAGCACACACAGUGGGUGGAGACAAGUCCUAGCAUGGAAAUGGAGAGACUCCCAGCAUCAACCAGUGUGUUUACUUCUCCAGCAACUGGUUCCGUGGAAGCAGCUUCUGUCAGGAAACUAUCAACAGCCAUGCUCACAACAGAGACCACAAAUGGCCCAGGCACUGUUUAUGCUAUGGCUUCUACUAACAUCCCAAUUGUAAGGGGCUACGUUACGGGAAGAAGAUUGGCCACAACCCACCUGCCCACUGGAACCACAGCUUCCUCUGAGACAUCUACAGAUUUUGCCAUGGCCAAAGAAAGUGUCUCAAUGUCAGUAUAUCCAUCUCAGUCUAUGGAUGCUGCUGGCUCAAACACUCCAGGAAGGACAAGCCAAUUGGUUGGCACAUUUUCUGAUGACUUCUAUCAUUUAACAUCUGGAGAAAUUACAAUAUCUAAAGAUGGAACCAGCUCAGCUUCAACUCCACAAAUGACUGCAACCCACCCUCCAUCUCCUGAGCAUGGCUCUGCUAGAAGCACCUGGCUUGGCAUCUUGUCCUCAUCUCCUUUGGCUCCUACUCUCAAAGUCACAUCUCCUCCUGCUCCUACUUCCAAAGUCACAAUGAGCUCCACCUUUUCAACCCAGAGAGUCACCACAAGCAUGACAAAGGACACAGUUGAAAUGAGUCAAUGGAAUACACCUGACUUACUUUCCAUGACUUCCUUGACACCAAGUAAUAUUCCAACAAGUGCUGCCAUGGGGAAAAGCACCCUGGUUCCCUUGGACUCUCCUUCUCUAGCCACAUCAACAGAGGCAUCGGAAGGGGGAUUCCCAACCCUCAGCACCUACCCUGAAGCAACAAACACACCCAGCAUCCACCUCGGAGUACACACUAGUUCAGAAAGUCCUAGCACCAUCAACCUCCCCAUGGCUUCAGUAGUAAAAACUGGCUCUUAUACACCUCUCACCUUCCCCUCAAUAGAGACCAAUAUUCAUGUAUCAACAGCCGGAAUGGAGACAAAUGAAAUUGCUUACUCCUCUGGGUCCUCACCUGAGAUGAGCCCUCCUGGAAAGACUAAUACUAGUAGUACCUGGGCCCCCACCAACUACAUCACCACUACGGAUCCUAGGGAUAUAAGUUCAGCUCAGGUCUCUAUACCCCACUCAGUGAGGAUGCUCAGAACCACAGACAAUCAUCCAAAGACAGAGUCCACCAGCCCAGCUGCUUACUCUGGAAGUCCUAAAAUCUCAAGUCCACCCAAUCUCACCAACCCAGCCACAAAAGCAUGGACCGACAAUGACACAAUUGAAUACUACACUCAAUUACAUCACACAAAUUUGGCAGAAAAAUCACCUGGAUUUGAGACACAGUCAACCCCAGGACCCGUCUCUGUAGUAAUCUCUACAUCCCCUACUACUGGAAGCAGAACGUUGGAACUGACUUCUGGUGUCCCAGAGGAACCCAUGGUCCUCACCACCAGUGAGCAGACCACAAUCACUCUCCCCAUGGCAACAAGGUGGAGUACCAGUUUGACAGAAGAAAUGGCUUCAACAGACCUUGACAUUUCAAGUCCAGGUUCACCCAUGAGAACAUUUGCUAUUUUUCCACCUCUGUCCACACCUUCUCAUGAACUUUCAAAGUCAGAUACCAGUGCCACUGAAAAUAUAGGUUCAACCAUGUUGGAUCAGCAUCUAGGAUUCAGCAGUUUGGGCAUAACUGGGGACUUGACAACUGCUCCUAUCACCCCACUGACAACCAUGUGGACCAGUGUGAUUGAACACUCCACACAAGCACAGGACACCCAUUCUGCAAUGAUGAAUCCUACUCAUGUGACACAAUCACUCAAAGAUCAAACAUCUGUACCAGCCUCAGCAUCCCCUCCCCAUCUUACUGAAGUAGACCCUGGGCUCAGGACACAAGGGAGGAGCUGCCUCAAGGCAACCACUUUUUGGAAACCAUCUACAGACACACCCUCCAUAGAGAUUGAGACUGGCGCAACAAACAUUCAAUCCACUCCACCCAUGGACACCACAACAGCAGGGAGCAGCAGUAGUGGAGUCGCCCUGGACACAGCCUGCAUUCCCAUAGGAACAUCCUCCCCAGCUGAGACAUCCACAAACAUGGCACUGGAAAGAGGAAGUGCUACAGCCACUGUCUCCAUGGCUGCGACAGUGGGACUCCUAGUUUCUAGUGCCCCAGGAAGAAGCAGCAGCCAGUCAUUAGGAGUUUCCUCUGUGCUUUCUGAAUCAACCACUGAAGGAGUCACAGAUUCUAGUAAGGGAAGCAGACCAAGGCUGAGCACCCAGGGAAAUACAGCUCCCUCCUCCUCUCUUGAACUCAGCACUGCUCAAGGAGGCCAGAUGAGUACAAGCAUCCAUCUACCCUCAUCUCCUCCAACUCCUGAUGUAGAAUUCAUAGGGAGCAGCACAUUUUGGACCAAGGAGGUCACCACAGUUAUGACCUCAGAUAUCUCCAAGCCUUCAGCAAGGACACAGUCCAGCUCAGCUACCCUUCUGUCCACAGCUUUGAGAAGCACUGAAAGUACAGAAAAACAAAAACCCAGAACUGCCUCUAUGGAUCUUCCAUCUCCAACUCUAUCAAUGGAGGUGACACCAUGGAGUUCUCUCACUCUCAGAGACAUCACCAAGACCACAGAUUCACCUGACCUCAGCCAUGGGGUGCACACCAGCUCUACAGGAACUUUGGACACUGACAGGCCAUUGAAUACUGGUAUCACUAGAGCCUCCAGAUUGGAAAACAGCUCCAAUACCUCUUCUAAGUCCCUAUCUGUGGGAGCCAGCACUCACACAUUCAUGACUUACACAGAGAGGAGUGAAGUGUCCUCUUCAAUAUGUCCCCCACCUGAGACCUCAGCUCCUGAUGGAGAGACCACUUUGACUUCAACUCCUGGAAACAGGGCCAUAAGCUUAAUGUUGCCUUUUUCAUCCAUUCCAGUAGAGGAAGUCAUUUCUACAGGCAUAACCUCAGGACCAGGCAUCAGCCCAGCACCCAUGACACAUACUCCCAUUACCCCAGCAACAAUUGAAUGGACCAGUAUAGGCACAACUGAACAGUCCACUCAACCACUACAUGCAGUUUCUUCAGAAAAAGUUUCUGGGCAGACACAGUCAAGUCCAUAUGUCAACUCUGUGUCACUGUCUGCUUCCCCUACCCAUGAGAAUUCAGUCUCCUCUGGAAGCAGCACAUCCUCUCCAUAUUCUCCAGCCUCACUUGAAUCAUUAGAUUCCACAAUCAGUAAGAAGACAGAAAUCACUUCCUGGCUAUGGAAACUCACUGUAUCUCUCCCUAUUACAACUUGGCCAAGUGCCAGUUUAUCUAAGGCACUGUCCUCAGCUCAUCCUGGGGUUUCAAACCCAGGUUUAACCACAACUGAAUUUCCACUCUUAGCUGCAUCCACAUCAGUUGCUAAGCAAAGAAAUCCAGAAACAGAGAUUUACGGCCCCCAGAAUACAGCCCCAAGUACUUUGAACACUGAUGCAUCCUUGGGCACAAGUAUUUCUGAGACUUCUGCAGGGGCAAGUAUCAGCUCUGAAGCCCCCCUUUCAGCAGCCAUAACUUCUAGAUCAGAUGCUUCUGGUUUUAUAUCUGAGAGUACUCCUAACCCGAGUUCAGGCACAGCCUCUUAAGCAGGGAGCAAAUUAAGUGGGACGAUAUCCCUGCCCAUCUCAGAGUCUUUGGUUUCCUUUAGAAUGAGCAAGGAUCCAGGGACAGUGUCAAUCCCUUUGUGGUCCCAUGCAACUACUAAUACAGAAACAAGCAUCCCAGUAAGCAGCGCAGGUCCACCUGGCUUGUCCACAGUAGCAUCAGAUGCAAAUCAACCUUCAAAUGGGGGUGAGAGUAUUCCUAGUGCCCCCUUUUCCUCCUCCCCUGAGACUGAAGCCACAACUAUCUCUCAUUUCCCAGAAAGGACAACCCAUUUAUUUAAAACCAUUUUAUUUCUCACUCCUGAGUUGACUUCAAAAGUGACACCUACUCCUGGGGAUUGGACCAGUUCAGCUAUAUCCACAAAACCCACAGGAGCCAGUUCCUCCAUUACACUGGGAGAGAGAAGGACAAUCACCUCUGCUCCUCUAAUCACUUCCCCCAUAGUUCUCACUGCUAGUUUCACAGAGACCAGCACAGUUUCACUGGAUAGUACAACUACAGUAAAAACCUCAGAUACACUUGAGGCAGGACAAAAAAAUCAGCUUCCUUCAGAUAGCAUUUCUUCUUCUGAUCUGAUCAAUACCACAGCUUCUCCAACUAUGGAUGUCACUAAAACAGCCUCCGUCAGUCCCACUAGCCUCUCAGGAGUGACAGCAACUUCUUCCCCAUCUCUCUUCUCUUCAGAUAGACCCCAGGUUCCCAUAUCUACAAUAGAGACAAAUACAGCCACCUCUACAUCUAUUUCCAGUAACACCUAUUCUCUUGAUGGGCACUUCAAUGUGGGUGGCUGUCCAUCCACUUUACCACCCUUUACACUCACCUACCCUGUCAAGACAGGCUUGGCCCCAUUAGCCUGAUCUAGUCCAGUAGAAACUUUCAGCACCGUGGUCAGCACCAACACUGCUGCCUGAGAAAAUCCUACCUCUCGCAACUCUGUGGUCACUUCUGUUCCAGCGCCAGGUACAUGGACCAGUGCAGGCAGUACUACUGACUUACCUGCCAUGGGCUUUCUCAAGACAAGUCCUGCAGGAGAGACACACUCACUUCCAGCAUCAAAUAUUGGACCAGUCACUGCCUUCACUCCCCAUCUUUCAGGAGCAGUGGUCACUGGAUCCAGUGCUACAUCAGAAGCCAGUCUUCUCACUAUAAGUGAAAGCAAAGCCAUUCAUUCUUCACCACAGACCCCAACUACAUCCAUGUCUGGAGCAAGCUGGGAAACUUCUACUCCUGAGAGCCUUUUGGUGAUCACUGAGACUUUAGACACAACACUCACCUCAAAGAUUUUGGUCACAGAUACUAUCUUGUUUUCACCUGUGUCCACACUGCUCUCUAAACUUCCAACUAUAGGGACUCUCUCUGGAGCUUCCUUCCUUACUUUAUUACAGGACACUUCAGCCAUCCCACUCACUGCCACUGAGCCAACAAGUUCAUUAGCUACAUCCUUUGAUUCCACCCCACUGGUAACUAUAGCUUCUGAUAGACUUAGCACAAACCCAGAGACUACCCUGACCAUGUCAGAGGCCUCAAAUGGUGAUGCACUGGUUCUUAAGACAGAAAGUAACCCAGAUAGGAGCAUCCCUGGAAUCACUAUCCAAGGAGUAGCAGAAAGUCCACCCCAUCCUCCCACUUCCUCCUCUAAGAUUGUUACUCCACAGAACACGGCCUAUGAAGGUUCGAUCACCAUAGGACUUUCUAUUUUGCCUGCAGGAAUGACAGGUUCCCUUGUAUUUAGUCAGAGUUCUGAUAACUCAGAGACAACAGCUUUGGUGGACUCAUCAGCUGGGCUUGAGAGGGCAUCUGUGAUGCCACUAACCACAGGAAGCAAGGGUUUGGACAGCUCUAGAGGAAUCAGAAGUGGGUCCACUCACUCAACUGAAACCAAAACAUUUUAUUCUCUCCCUCUGACCAUGAGCCCAGGUGAGGUUACAGCCAUGUCUGAAAUCACCAGGAACAGACUGACAGCUACUAAAUCAACAGCACACAAUGGGAUACCUGUGAAGCCCACCAGGGCUGAGUCAGGGCUCCUAACACCUGUCUCUGCCUCCUCAAGCCCAUCAAAGGCCUUUUCAUCACUGACUACAGCUCCCCCAACUUUGGUGAUCCCACAGUCCAUAUUGACAUUUGACUUUUCUGAGGUCCCAAGUUUGAAUACUAAGUCUGCUUCUUUACCAACUCCUGGACAGUCCCUGAAUACCAUUCCAGACUCAGAUCUUUCACUGUCCAGGUCUCCAGAAAAAGGCCCAAGAGCAGGGAUGAUGACUUCCACAAAGACCAUAAGUGCAAGCUCAGUUCAAUCAACAAGUUUUACUGAAAUCCCUGAAGGAUCUUCCUCCCCUUCUAUGGCAGGGCAUAAACCCAGAGUCCCCACCUCAGGAACAGGGGACUAUAGAUAUGCCUUGGAGAGCAUGCCUUACCCAGUCCCAAGCAAGGUUUCAUCAGAUAUGAAAUUGACCUCUCUUGCAUCAAAACUCACAAGUCUCUUCAGCACAGGUCAAGCAGCAAGGUUUGGUUCUAGUUCCUCUCCCACAAGCCUAUCCACUGAGAAAGAAACCAGCUUCCUUUCCCCCACCGCAUCCACCUAGAAGACUUCACUCUUUCUUGGGCCCUCCGUGGCAAGACAGCCCAACAUAUUGGUACAUCUUCAGACUUCAACUCUGACACUUUCUCCAACAUCUAUACUAAGUAUGUCCCAGAAGGAGCCUCCUGAGUUAACCUCAAGGCAAACCACUACAGAACAGGAGAGAACACCCGUUGAAACACAGACGUUAAACUUCAUACCAUCCGAGCCCCCAACAUCCCUGCUACCUGCCUCUUCUCCCGCAGACCCCACAGCCAGAAGAAAGGGUUCUCCAGAAACAGGGGCACGCUCUAUUUCAGCACCUGCCAAGACCUCCUUGGCUGAAACAACUGAUAGAACGCUAGUGCCCAAAACAAAGAUGUCAAGCCAGCCAGCACAAGGAAAUUCCACGUGGCCUUCCCUAGCAGAGGGGACAGGGACCAGUCCAGCAGGCACAUCCCCAGGACGCCCAGAAAUGUCUACAGCCCUCAAAACCAUGAGCUCCAAGGAACCCAGCAUCAGCCCAGAGAUCAAGUCCACUGUGAGCAACUCUCCUUGGAAGACUCCAGAAACAGCCGUUCCCAUGGAGACCACAGUGGAACCAGCCACCCUGCAGUCCACAGAUGUUGGAAGUGGUAGCACCAGCCUCUCUCAUCUGCCCACAGGAGCCACAUCACCAAUCAAGUCAGCAAUAAAAAACAUGGUGGCUACAGACAGGGUCUCACUCUCCCCAUCCCCACCCGAGGCUUGGACCAACCUUUAUUCUGGAACUCCAGGAGGGACCAGGCAGUCACUGGCCACAACAUCCUCUGUCUUCCUAGAGUCACCAACUGCUAGAAGCACCACAGGAAAUGGUCAGCAAAGCAGUCCAGAACUGAUUUCAAAGACCACUGGAAUGGAUUUCUCUGUGUGGCAUGGCUCUACUGGAGGGACCACAGUGGACACACAUGUCUCUCUGAGCACAUCUUCCAAUAUCCUUGAAGACCCUAUUACCAGCCUAAACUCUAUGAGCUCAGUGGUAGAUAACUCCAAAUUUAAAACCAAGGCAUGGGUCAGCACCACAGCUAUUCCCUCCACUGUCCUGAGUAACAAGACAAUGGCAGCUGAACAACAGACAAGUCCAUCUGUGGAUGAGGCUGUUUCAUCAACUAGCUCAUUGUCACAUCAGACAUCUGGGAGUGACAGAACCCUUGGUGCAUCUCCUGAUGUCACAAACACAUUACACAUCAGCUCCACAGCACAAACCACCUCACUAGUAUCUCUGCUCUCUGGAGACCAAGGCAUUACCAGCCUCACCAAUGCCUCAGGAGGAAAAACAAGCUCUGCAUCGUCUGUCACAUCCCCUUCAACAGGGCCUGAGACUCUGAUGGGCAUCAUAAGUGUAGUGACUAGUGACACUUCCCCUACUGCUGGGCAACUAUCCCAGACCUCCUCUCCUGUGGAAGUGAGCAUCGCUGGUGUAGCCACAGCUCCUACUCCAGGUAUCACCACCACCAUCACUACCAUAGGAACCAACUCAAUCUUGACUACUACACCCAGCCCAGAAGGGGGUGUGAGUACCAUGGACAGCACCCUGGCCACAGAGAGGAGCACAUCUAUAGAGCACACUCCCACCUGGUCCUCCACAGCUGCAUCAGAUCCCUGGACUGUCACAGACAUGGCUUCAAACUUGAAAGUGGCAAGUUCUCCUGGAACAAUUUCUACAAUGCGUACAACUUCAUUCUUAGCCUCAAGCACUGAAUUGGACUCCAUGUCUAUUCCCAAUGGCCUUAUUACUGUCAUUGGAACCAGCCUGGUCACUCCAUCCUCUGAUGCUUCAGCCAUAAAGACAGAAAGCAGUACACGUGAAAUAACAUUGAGUCCUUCAGUUACAACUCUGUCUACUCCCAUCUCAAAUUUUUCUCGUAUCCAGAGCACCUCAGUUGCUGACAUUUCAAGUACAAGUUGGACUCCCAGUAGAACAGAAACAGGAGAUGUGCCUGUUUCAAUGGCUUCUACUAAUUAUGCCAGUACAAAGACUGGCCCAAAUAUGACCCUGUCCACUGUUCUGUUUGAUUCUCUAUCCACUCUUGAUUGGGACACUGGGAAAUCUGUGUCAUCAGCCACAGUCACUACCUCAGCUCCUCAGGGGGCCACAACUCCUCAAGAACUCACUUUGGAGAUGACGAUCAGCCCAACUACCUCACAGCCACCCUUCUCUACAGGAGACGUUACAGGUGGAGUCACACCAGCUGCAGUGGUAAGGAGCUCUGGAGUUACUUUUUCAAGACCAGACCUCACAAGCAAAAAGGCAGAGCAGAGUUCUACUCAGUUUCCCACCACAACUUCUAGACAUCCAGAAGAGACCAUCAAGGUUACCAGCUCCUCCAGUUUAUUAAGGACCUCGGAUACACCAGGCAUAAGCUUGGAAUCUGCAAUUACUUCAUCCUCAAACUGGAAAAGCAGCCCAUAUAAGAGCCCAUAUGCCCCUUCUGAGUCCACCACAGACAAAGAGUCAAUUCGCCCUUCUACAAACAUAGUAGAGACAACACCAUGGGUCACAAGUUCCAAACAUCCUUCUCAUUCCACUGUUCCAGCCCACUCAGAAUCAUCCAAGCUCACAUCUCCAGUGGUUACUGCCUCCACCAGGGGACAAGCCAUUUUUUCUGUAUCAAUGACCACAUGGCCAGAGUCUACAAGGGCUGGAACAGAGCCUAAUUCCUCCUUGACUGCUGAACUGAGGGACUUCAAUCCUUACAUGGACACCAGCUCAACCACGCAAACAAGUAUUAUCUCUUCGCCAGGCUCCACUGCUAUCACCAAGGGACCUAGAACAGAAAUUACCUCCUCCUCUGAGAGAAUAUCCAGCUCAUUCCUUGCCCAGUCUAUGAGGUCAUCAGACAGGCCCUCAGAAACCAUCACCAGGCUGUCUAACUUCCCCGCCAUGACAGAAUAUGGAGGAAUGACUCUCGCUAUGCAAAUGGAUCCACCUGGCACUACAUCACUAAGUGCACCUACCUUGGACACAUCAGCCACAGCCUCCUGGGCAGGGACUCCAUUGGCUAUGACUCAGAGAUUUACAUACUCAGAGGAGACCACUCUCUUCAGCAAAGGUCCUGAGGAUGCAUCACAGCCAAGCCCUGCCUAUGUGGAAGAAACCAGCUCUUUCUCUUCCCUGGCACCUAUCCAUCCCACAACCUCACCUUCCAAUACUUUGUUGACAUCACAAGAACACAGUCCCUCCUCUACUCCACCUGUGACCUCAGUUCUCUGGCCUGAGACCUCUGGCAUGGGGAAGACCACCGACUUGUCAAGGAUAAGCUUCGAACCUGGGACCAGUUUACCUCCCAAUUUAGGCAGUACAGCUGGUGAGGCAUUAUCCACUUAUGAAGCCACCAGAGAUACAAAGGUGAUUCAUCCUUCUGAAAACACAGCAGUGAUAAAUGUGGAGGCAACCAGUUCUGAACAUUCUCCUGUCCCAGUCCAUACACAGCCAUCCAAAGCCACAUCUCCAAUGGUUACCUCCCACACCAUGAGAGAUAUCACUGCUUCUACAUUAGUGUUUGGCUCCUCUGAGACCACAGAGAUUGAGACAGCAUCCUCUCUGAAUCCAGGACUUCAGGAGAGAAGCACAUCCCAAGUGACCAGCUCUGCUACAGAGACAAGCACUGUCAUUACCCAUACGUCUACUGGUGAUGCUCCUACCGAAGUCACCAAGACACAAGUCACUUUCCCUAGCAGAACAUCCAUCCCAAGCCCUUAUCACUUCAAAACUUCUACCAACACAUUUACAAAUGUGAGCACCAACCCAUCCACUUCUCUGAUAAUGACAGAAUCUUUGGGAGUGACCAUCACUACCCAAACAGAUCCUACUGGAGCCACAACACAGGGUCCACAUCUCUUGGACACAUCAACCAUGCCUUACUUGACAGAGACUCCAUUGGCUGUGACUCCAGAUUUUAUGCAAUCAGAGAAGACCACUCCCAUGAGCAAAGGUCCCAGGGAUGUGUCAUGGACAAGCCCUCCUUCUGUGGCAGAAAUCAGCUCUCCCUCUUCCCUGACACCUAUCUUGGCCACAACCUUACCUCCUGCCACUUCCACACUACAAGGGCAAAGUACAUCCUCUCCUGUUUCUAUGGCUUCAGUUCUCACCUCUGAACUGAUAAAGACCACAGAUAAAUUGAACACGAGUGUGGAACCCGUGACCAUUUCACCUCAAACUUUGAACAACACAUCAAGUGAGAUACUGGCCACUUUAGAAGCCACCACAGAUAUAGAGAAAAUUCAUCCUUCCAUAAACAAAGCAGUGACCAAUACGGAGACCAUCAGUUCAUCACAUGAAUUGCAUUCCACUCUCCCAGCCAGCUCAGAACCAUCUACAACCACAUCUCCAGUGGUUCCUGCCUCCACCAUGGAGGACACUCUUGUUUCUACAUCAACAUCUGCUUUUGAGACCACAGACAUUGAGGGAGAGGCAGCAUCCUUUCUGACUCCUGGACGAGGUAAGAAUAGCACCACCCAGGAGUCAAACAUCAUCCUCUCCAGUGUGUCUGUGGGAGCUGCUACUGAAGCCUCCAAAAUGGAAGUCUCCUCUUUUGAUGCAACAUUUAUACCAACUCAUGCUCAGUCAACAAAGCCCCCAGAUAUUUUUUCAGUGACCAGCAGUAGACUAUCAAACUCUCCUCCCAUGGCAAUAUCUACCCACAUGACCACUACGCAGCCAGGGUCUUCUGGAGUUACAUCAAAGAUUUCACUUGCCUUAGACACAUCAAUGUUGGAAACCUCAGCAGGGACUCCAUCAGUGGUGACUGAGGGGUUUGCCCACUCAAAAAUAACCACUGCCAUGAACAAUGAUGCCAAGGACAUGUCACAGACAAACCCUCCCUUUGUGGAAGAAGCCAGCUCUCCCUCUUCUCAGGCACCUGUUCUUGUCACAAUCUUAGCUUCUCCUGUUGCUUCCACAUUGCAAUGGCAUGGUACCUCCUCUCCUGUUCCUAUGUCCUCAGUUCUUACCUCUUCACUGAUAAAGAUCACAGGCAAGGUGGAUACAAGCUUAGAAAAAGUAACCAGUUCACCUCAAAGUAUGAGCCACACUUUGGAUGACAUAUUGGCCACUUCAGCAGCCACCACAGAUAUAGAGACAACGCAUCCUUCCAUAAACAUAGCCGUGACCAAUGUGGGGACCACCCGUUCAGCAUUUGAAUUGCAUUCCACUGUCUCAGCUGACUCAGAGCCAUCUAAAGUCACAUCUCCAUAUGUUACCACCUCCACCAUGGAAGAUGCCACGAUUUCCAGAUCAAUACCUAGAUCCUCUAAGACUACAAAAAUUGAGACUGAGACAACUUCCUCCUUGACUCCUAAACUGAGGGAGACCAGCAUCUCCCAGGAGAUCACCUCAUCCACAGAGACAAGCACUGUUCCUUACAAAGAGCUCACCGGUGUCACCGCCAAGGUAUCCAGAACAGAUGUCACUUCCUCUAGCAAUACAUCCAUCCCUGGUCCUGAUCAGUCCACAGUGUCACUAGACAUAUCUACAGAAACCAUCACCAGGCUCUUUACCUCCCCUAUAAUGGCAGAAUCUGCAGAAAUAAUCAUCACCACCAAAACAGGUCCUCAUGGGGCGACAUCACAGGAUGGCUUUACCACAGACACAUUAAAUACAACCCCCCAGGCAGGGAUCCACUCAGUUAUGACUCAUGGAUUUUCACAAUCAGAUGUGACCACUCUUAUGAGCGGAAUUCCAAUGGAUGUGUCAUGGACAAGUCCUCCCUCUGUGGAUAAAACCAGCUCCCCGUCCUCCUUUCUGUCUUUACCUACAAUGACCACACCUUCCCUGGUUUCCUCUACCUUACCAAAGGAUAGGCUCUCUUCUCCUGUGACUUCACUUCUCACCUCUGGCCUGGUGAAGAUCACAGAUACAUUACAUACACGCUUGGAACCUGUGACCAGUUCACUUCCACAUUUCAGCAGCACCUCAGAUAAGAUACUGGCUACUUCUAAAGAUGGUCAAGGCACAGCGAUAAUUGAUCCUUCCAUAAACACUGCAGAGACCAACGUGAAAGCCAACAACUCUGGACAUGAAUCCCAUUCCUCUACACUGGCUGAUUCAGAGACACCCAAAGCCACAACUCAAAUGGUUAUUGCCACCACUGCAGGAGAUCCCACUCCUUCCACAUCAAUGCCAAUGCAUGGUUCCUCUGAGACUACAAACAUUAAGAGAGAGCCAACAUAUUUCUUGACUCCUAGACUAACAGAGACUAGCACCUCUAAGGAGUCCAGCUUUUCCACAGACAUGAGUUUUCUACUGUCCAAAGUCCCUACUGAUACUAUCACUGAGGUCUCCGGCAGAGAGGUCAUCUCUUCUAGCAAAAUAUCCACCCCAGAUCAUGAUAGGUCUACAAUGCAAUCUGACACCUUCACAGGAGAGAACACGAGGGUCUUUACCUCCUCCAUUAUGACAAAAUCUGCAGAAAUGACAAUCACCACCCAAGCAAGUCCUCCUGGGUCUGCAUCACACGGUACUCUUCCCUUGAACACAUCAACCACACGUUCCCAGGGAGGGACUCAUUCAAUCGUGACUCAGGGAUUCCCACACUCAGAGGUGACCACUUUUAUGAGCACGGGUCCUGAGAAUGUGUCAUGGAUGACAACUCCCCCUGUGGAAGAAACCAGCUCUGCUUCUUCCUUGAUGUCUUCACCUGCCGUGACCUCCCCUUCUCCUGUUUCCUCCAUAUUACCAGAGAGCAUCCCUUCCUCUCCUCUUCCUGUGACUGCACUUCCUAUUUCUGUUCUGGUGACAACCACAGAUGUGCUGGGCACAACAAGCCCAGAGCCUGUAACCAGUUCAUCUCCAAAUCUGGGCAGCACCACAUAUGAGAGACUGAUAACCUACAAAGACAGUGCACAUACAGAAACCUUGCAUCCUUUCACAAACACAGCAGUGGCCAAUGUAGGCACCUCCAGUUCUGGACAUGAAUCACAAUCCUCUGUCCUAGCUGACUCAGAGACAUCCAAAGCCACAUCUCCAAUGGGUACCACCUCCACCAUGGGGGACACAAGUGUUUCCAUAUCAACUCCUGAUAGCUCUCAGACUGGUCAAAUUCAAACAGAGUCAGUGACAUCCCUGAUCCCUGGAUUGAGGGACAGCAGUAUUUCUGAGAAGACCAGCUCAACAACAGAAACAAAUAUUGCCUUUUCUUACAUGCCCACUGGUGCUACUACUCAGGCCUCCAGGACAGAAAUCUCCUCUAGCAGAAUGUCCAUCUCAGAGCUUGAUCAGUCCACAAGGGCACCUGACAUCUCCACAGGAAUGAUCACCAGGCUCUUUACCUUCCCCAUCAUGACAAAAUCUGCAGAAAUGACCAUCACCACUCAAACAACCACUCGUGGAGCUACAUCGCAGGGUACCCUUCCCUUGGACACAUCAACCACACUCUUCCAGGGAGGGACUCAUUCAACUGCGUCUCAGGGAUUCCCACACGCAGAGAUAACCACUUUUAGGAGCAGAACUCCUGGAGAUCUGUCAUGGAUGACAGCUUCCCCGGUGGAAGAAACCAGCUCUGCGUCUUCCUUGAUGUCUCCUGCCGUGACCUCCCCUUCUGUUUCCUCUACAUUACCAGAGAGCAUCCCCUCCUCUCCUCUUCCUGUGACUGUACUUCCUACUUCUAUUCUGGUGACAACCACAGAUGUGCUGGGCACAACAGGCCCAGAGCCUGUGACCAGUUCACCUCCAAAUUUGAGCAGCACCACAAAUGAGAGACCAACCACUUACAAAGACACUGCACACACGGAAGCCAUGCAUCCUUCCAUGCAUCCUUCCACAAACACAGCAGUGGCCAAUGUAGGCACCUCCAGUUCUGGACAUGAAUCACAAUCUUCUGUCUCAGCUGACUCAGACACAUCCAAAGCCACAACUUCAAUGGGUACCACCUUCACCAUGCGGGAUACAAGAGUUUCUACAUCAAAUCCUGCUUUAUUUGAGGCUAGAAUUCAGACGGAAUCAACAUCCUCUUGGACUCCUGGAUUGAAGGACACCAGCAUGUCUAAGGAGACCAACACUGUGACAGAGACAAGCGCUUUCCUUUCAAAAGUGCCCACUACUGCUACUACUGAGGUCUCCAGGACAGAAGUUAUCACCUCUAGCAGAACAUCCAUCUCAGGGCCUGAUCAUUCCAAAAUGUCACCAUAUAUCUCCACAGAAACCAUCACCAGCCUCUCCACUUCUCCUGUUGUAACAGGAUCCACAGAAAUGACGAUCACCAGCCAAACAGGUCCUAUAGGGACUACCUCACAGGCUACCCUUACCCUGGACAUAUCAAGCACAGCUUCCUGGGAAGGGACUCACCCACCUGUGACUCAGAGAUUUUCACACUCGGAGACCACUACUAGGAGCAGAGGUACUAUGACUGUGUCAUGGCAAAGCCCUCCCUCUGUGGAAGAAACCAGUUCUCCAUCUUUGCUGGAGCCUUUACCUGCAAUAACCUCACAUUCACCUCCUUAUUCCACACUAUCAGGAAGUAGCCCCGCUUCUCUCCCUGUGACUUCCCUUCUCCUCUCUGGCAGGAUGAAGACCACAGACAUGUUAGAUGCAAGCUCAGAACCUGUGACCAGCUCCUUAUCAAGUGCAAGUAGCUUCUCAGGUGAGAUACCUACUUCUGAUGCCUCAACAAAUACAGAGACAAUUCACUUUUCAGAGAACACAGCAGAAAACAACAUGGGCACCACCAGUUUUAUGCAUGAACUACAUUCCUAUGUCUCAGUCCACUCCCAGCCAUCCAGAACCACAACUCCAAAUGUUGCUGGAUCUAUGAUGGAGGAUACUAUUGUUUCCACUUCAACACUUGGUUUUUCUGAGACUGCAAAUAUUGACAGAGAGUCAACAUCCUCCCUGACUCCUGAAUUGAUAGAGAACACCACCUCCCUGGUGAUGAACUCAACUACAGAGUCAAACAUUGUUUUCUCCAGUGUGUCCAUGGGUGCUGCUACUGAGGUCUCCAGGACAGAAGUCCCCUAUUAUGAUUCUACAUUCAUGCCAGCUUCUGCUCAGUCAACAAAGUCCUCAGACAUUUCACCUGAAGCCAGCAGUAGACAUUCUAACUCUUCUCCCUUGACAAUAUCUACACACAAGACCAUCAUCACACAAAUAGGUCCUUCUGGGGUGACAUCUCUUGGCCAACUGACCUUGCAAACAUCAACCAUAGCCACUCCAGCAGGGACUCCAUCAGCUGGAACUCAGGAUUUUGUAGAUUCAAAAACAACCACUGUCUUGAACAAUGAUCUCAAUGAUAUGUCGAAGACAAGCCCUUUCUCUGCAGAAGAAGCCAACUCUCUCUCUUCUCAGGCACCUAUCCUUGUGACAACCUCACCUUCUCCUGUAACUUCCACAUUGCAAGUGCACAGUACCUCUUCUGUUUCUGUGACCUCAGUACUCACCUCUCCAUUGGCAAAGAUCACAGACAUGGACACAAGCUUAGAGCCUGUGACCCGUUCACCUCAAAGUUUAAGCAACACCUCAGCCACUUCAGAAGCCACCAUAGAUACACACAUGAUGCAUCCUUCUAUAAACAGAGCAGUGACCAAUGUUGGGACAACCAGUUCACCACAUGAAUUCCAUCUUACCAUCUCACUGGACUCAGAGCCAUAUAAAGCCACAUCUCCAGUAGUUAUCACUUCCACCAUGGGGGACUCUAUAGUUUCCACGUCAACGUCUAGAUCCUCUGAGAUGACAAAGAUUGAGUCUGAGACAACUUCCUCCCUGAUCUUUAGAAGGAGAGAGACCAGCACCUCCCAGAAAAUAAGCUCAUCCUCAGACACAAGCACUGUGUUUGAUGAAACACUCACUGCUGCUCCUACUGAGGUCUCCAGAACAGAAGUCACCUCCUCCAGCAGGACAUCCAUCCAAGGUGCUGAAAAGUCCACAAUGUCACCAGACACCUCCACAGGAUCUGUCACUGUGCUCUCUACAUUUGCUGGCAUGACAAAAUCUGAAGAAAUGAACAUUGCCACCCAAACAGGUCUUCCUGGGGCUACAUCACAGGGUACCCUUACCUGGGACACAUCAAUCACAACCUCACAGGCAGGGACCCAUUCAGCUAUGACUCAUGGGUUUUCACAAUUAGAUGUGUUCACUCUUACGAGCAUAAUUCCUGAAGAUGUGUCAGGGACAAGCCCACUCUCUGUGGAAGAAAACAGCUCUCCCUCUUCCCUUCUGUCUUCACCAGCAAUAACCUCACCUUCCCCUAUUCCAACUACAUUGCAAGUGGGUAGGCCCUCUUCUCCUGUUCAUCUGACUUCACUCCCCACUUCUGGCCUGGUGAAGACCACAGAUAUGCUGGCAUCUGUGGCCAGUUUACCUCCAAAUUUGGGCAGCACCUCAGAUAAGAUACCGACUACUUCUGAAGAUGUUAAAAAUACAGAGAAAAUGUAUCCUUCCACAAACAUAGCAGUAACCAAGGUGGAGACCACUACAUCUGAAAAUGAAUCUUAUUCGUCUGUCCCAGCCUACUCAGAAACACCUAAAGUCACCUCUCCAAUGGUUACCUCUUUCACCAUAAGGGACACCAUUGUUUCUACAUCCAUGCCUGGAUCCUCUGAGAUUACAGGGAUUGAGAUGGAGUCAGCAUCCUCGCUGGCCCAUGGGCUGAAGGAUACCAGCUCCUCCCAGGAGCCCAUCUUAUCCACAGAGAAAAGUGCUGUCCUUUACAAAGUGACCACUGGUGCUACACUUGAGAAUUCUAGGACAGAAGUUGCCUCUUCUAGAAGAACAUCCACUCCGAGCCCUGAUCAUUCCAUGUCACCAGACAUCUCCACUGAAGUGAACUCCAGGCUGCCUAUCUCCCCUGGAAUUACAGAAUCUGCAAAAAUGACCAUCAUCACUCAAACAGGCCCUCUUCUUGGAUCUACAUCACAGGGCAUAUUUAUCUUGGACACACCAACUAUACCCUCCAGGGAAGAAACACACUCAGGUGUCACUCAAGAAUUUCCACACUCAGAGAUGAACACUCUCAUGAACAAGGAUCCUGAGAUUCUGUCACAGACAGUCCCUCCUUCUACAGAAAAAACAAGCUUCUCCUCUUCCCUGAUGCCUUUACCUGCCAUGACUUCACCUUCUCCUAUUUCCUCAACAUUACCAAAGACCAUUCACACCACUCCUUCUCCUAUGACUUCACUGCUUACCUCCAGCUUAGUGAUGACCACGGACACGUUGGGCACAAGCCCAGAACCUAGAACCAGUUCACCUCUAAAUCUGAGUAGUACUUCAAAUGAGAUACUGAUGACAGAUGAAGACACCACAGAUAUGGAAGCCAUGCAUCCUUUCACAAGAACAGCAGUGACUAAGGUGGAAACCACCAGUUCUGAAAAUAAGUCACAAUCCUCUGUCCUAGCUGACUCAGAAAAACCCAAGGCCACAGCUUCAAUGGUUACCACCUCCACCAUGGGGCAUACAACUAUUUCCACAUCAAGGUCUGUUUCCUCUGAAACUACAAAAAUUCGGAGUGAUUCAACAUAUUCUUUGACUCCUGGACUAAGGGAGACCAACAUCUCCCAAAAUACCAGCUUUCCCACUGACGCAAGUAUUGUUCUUUCAGAAGUCUCCACUGGUACUACUGCUGAGGUCUCCAGGACAGAAGUCGCCUCCUCUGGUAGAACAUCUGUCCCUGGCCCUGCUCAGUCCACGAUGUUGCCACAAGUACCCACAGGAACAAUGACGAGGCUCUUUGCCUCGCCCACCAUGACAGAAUCAGCAGAAAUGGCCAUCCCCACCCAAACAGGUCCUUCUGGGUCUACAUCACAGGAUACCCUUACCUUGGACACAUCCACCACAAAGUCCCAGGCAAAGAUUAAUUCAACUUUGACUCAGAGAUUUUCACAUGCAGAGAUGACUACUCUCAUGAGCAGAGGUCCUGGAGAUAUGUCAUGGCAAAGCUCUCCCUUUGUGGAAAAACCCAGCUCUCUCCCUUCCCUCCUUCCUUCCCUGCUGUCUUUACCUGCCACAACCUCACCUCCUCCCAUUUCCUCCACAUUACCAGUGAAUGUCUCCUCCUCUCCUCUUCCUGUGACUUCACUUCUCACCUCUGGCCCAGUGAUGACCACAGAUGUGUCACGCACAAACCCAGGACCUGUAGCCAGUUCACCUCCAAAGUUGAGUCACACUUCAAAUGAGAGACUGAUCACUGGCAAGGACGCCACAGAUACAGAAGCUGUGCAUCCUUCCACAAACACAGCAGUGUCCAAUGUGGAGACCUCCAGCUCUGGACGUACAUCCCCUUCCUCUGUCUUAGCUGACUCAGAUACAUCCAAAGCCACAUCACCAAUGUUUAUUACCUCCACCCAGGAAGACACAACAGUUGCCAUAUCAACCCCUCUAUUUGUGGAGACUAGUAGAAUUCAGAAAGAGUCAAUUUCCUCCCUGGCCCCUAAAUUGCGGGAGACCAGCAGCUCUGUAGAGACAAGCUCAGCCACAAAGACAAGUGCUGUCCUUUCUGAAGUGCCCGCUGGUACUACUACGGAGGUCUCUAGAACAGAAGUCACCUCCUCUAGCAGAACUUCCAUCUCUGGUCCUGCUGAGUCCACAGUGUUGCCAGAAAUAUCCACUACAAGAACAAUCAUUAGGUUCCCUUCCUCCCCCAUCAUGACAGAAUCAUCAGAAAUGACCAUCAAGACCCAAACAGGUCCUCCUGCGUCUUCACCAGACAGUACCCUUACAUUAGACACAUCAACCACACCCUCCUUGUUAAUAACCCACUCUACUAUGACUCAGAGAUUUCCACACUCUGAGAUAACCACUCUUAUGAGUAGAGGUCCUGGAGACGUGCCAUGGCCUAGCUCUCCCCUUGUGGAAGAAACCAGCCCUCCAUCUUCCCAGCUGUCUUUACCUGCCAUGAUCUCACCUUCUCCUGUUUCUUCCACAUUACCAGCAAGUAGCCACUCCUCUUCUGCUUCUGUGACUUCACUUCUCAUACCUGGUCAAGUGAAGACUACAGAGGUAUUAGACACAAGCGCAGAACCUGAAACCAAUUCACCUCCAAGUUUGAGCAGCACCUCAGUUGAAAUACUGGCCACCUCUGAAGUCACCACAGAGACAGAGAAAAUUCAUCCUUUCUCAAACACAGCAGUAACCAAAGUUGGAAAUUCCAGCUCUGGACAUGCAUCCCCUUUCUCUGUCCUAGCUGACUUAGAGACAACCAAAGCCGCAUCUCCAAUGGGUACUGUUUCCAUCAUGGCGGAUACAGGUGUUUCUACAUUAACUCCUGCCUUAUCUGACACUAGGAAAAUUCAUACAGAGCCAGCUUCCUCACUGCCCACCAGACUGAGGGAGACCAGCACCUCCAAAGAGACCAGCUCAGCCACAGAAACAAACACUGUUCUUUCUGAAGUGUCCACUGGUGCUACUACUGAGGUCUCCAGGACAGAAGCCAUCUCCCCUAGCAGAACAUCCAUCUCAGGCCUUGAGCAGCCCACAGUGUCACAAGACAUCUCCACAGAAACCAUCACCAGGAUUACUACCUCCUCUGUCAUGACAGAAUCUGCAAAAAUGACCAUCACAACCCAAACACGUCCUUCAGGGUCUACACCAGAAAGUACUCUUAAUUUGGAUACAGCAACCACACCCUCUUGGGUAGGAACCCACUCUACAGUGAUUCAGGGAUUUCCACACCCUGAGAUGACCACUUUCAUGAGCAGAGGUUCUGGAGGUGUGUCAUGGCCUAGCCCUCCCUUUGUGAAAGAAACCAGCCCUCCAUCUUCCCCGCUGUCUUUACCUGCCAUGGCCUCACCUCAUCCUGUUUCCACCACGUUACCAGCACAUAUCCCCGCCUCUCCCCUUCCUGUGACUUCACUUCUCACAUCUGGCCCGGUGACAACCACAGAUGUCUUGGGCAUAAGCACAGAACUUGGAACCAGUUCAUCUUCAAAUUUGAGCAGAACCUCCCAUGAGAGACUGACCACUUACAAAGACAGUACACAUACAGAAGCCAUGCAUCCUUCUACAAACACAGGAGUGACAAAUGUGGUGACCACCAGCUCUGGAUAUAAAUCACAAUCCUCUGUCCUACCUGACUCAGAGACAUCCAAAGCCUCUUCUCCAAUAGAUACCACCUCCACCAUGGGGGAUACAAGUAUUCUCACAUCAACUCCUGCCCUCCUUGACACUAGGAGGAUUCAGACAGAGCCAACAUCCUUCCUGACCCCUGGAUUCAGGGAGACCAGCAGCUCUGAUGGGACCAGCUCAGGCACAAAGAUGAGUACUGUCCUUUCUAAAGUACCCACUGGUACUACUACUGAGAUCUCCAAGGAAGAUGCCACCUCCAUCCCAGGUCCCGCUCAGUCCACAAUGUCACCAGACAUCUCCACUGGAACCACCAUCAGCUGGUUCUCUACAUCCCCUGUCAUGACAGAAUCAGCAGAAAUAACCAUGACCACCCACACAAGUCCUUUAGGGGCUAUAACGCAAGGCACCAAUACUUUGGACACAUCAAACACAACCUCUUUGACAACGACACACUCAACUGUAUCUCAAGGAUUUUCACACUCACAGAUGAGCACUCUUAUGAGGAGGGGUCCUGAGGAUGUAUCAUGGAUGAACUCUCCCCUUCAGGAAAAAACUAGCUCUUCCUCUUCUUCAGUGUCUUCACCAACCACAACUUCACCUUCUCCUGUUUCCUCCACAAUACCAGAGAGUAUCCCAUCCUCUCCUCUUACUAUGACUUCAUUCUUCAUGUCUGGCCUGACAAAAACUAUAGAUAUGUUGCACAAAAUCUCAGAACCUGUAACCAACUCACCUGCAAAUUUGAGCAGCACCUCAGUUGAAAUACUGGCCACUUCUGAAGUCACCACAGAUACAGAGAAAACUCAUCCUUCUUCAAAGAGAGCAGUGACUGAUGUGGGAACUUCGAGUUCUGGACAUGAAUCCCCUUUCUCUGUCCUAGCUGACUCACAGACAUCCAAAGCCACAUAUCCAAUGGCUAUCACUUCCACCAUGGAGAAUAUAAGCGUCUCCACAUCAAUUCCUGGCUUUUUCAGAACUAGCAGAGUUCAGACAGAACCAACAUCCUCCCUGACCCUUGGACUGAGGGAGACCAGCAGCUCUGAGGGGACCAGCUCAGCCACAGAGAUAAGCACUGUCCUUUCUGGAGUGUCCACUGGUGCCCCUGCUGAAGUCCCCAGGACAAAAAUCACCUCCUCUAGCAGAACAUCCAUCUCAGGCCCUGCUCAGCUCACAGUGUCACCAGACACCUCCACAAAAGCCAUCACCAGACUCCUUACCUCCCCCAUGAUGACAGAAUCAGCAGGAAUGACUAUCAAGAUGCAAACAGAUCCUCCUGGGGCUGCACCAGAGAGUCCUCUUACUGUGGACAUAUCAACAGCUCCCUACUUGGUAGAAACCCACUCAACUAUGAUUCAGAGAUUUCCACACUCGGAGAUGUCCACCCUUGUGAGCACAGGCCCUGGCAAUGUGUUACAGCCUAGUCAACCCUCCGUGGAAGAAACCAGCUCUGCCUCUUCCCUGCUGUCUUUACCUGCCUCAACCACACCUUCUCCUGUCUCCUCUACAUUAGUGAGGGGUUUCCCUUCCUCUUCUCUUUCUGUGGCUUAUCUUGUCACCCCUGGCCUGGUGAUAACCACAGACAUGACAGGCAUAAGCAGAGAACCUGGAACCAGCUCCACUUCAAAUUUGAGCAGCACCUCCCAUGAAAGACUGACCACUUUGGAAGACACUGUAGAUACAGAAGCCACACAUCCUUCCACACAGACAGCAGUGACCAACGUAGUGACCUCCAGUUCUGGACACGAAUCACAGUCUUCUGUCCUAGCUGACUCAGAGACACCCAAAGCCACAUCUCUGAUGGUUGCCACCUACACCAUGGAGGAUAUGAGUGUUUCCAUAUCCACUUCUGACCUCUUUGAGACCAGCAGAAUUCAGAUAGAACCAACACCCUCCCUGACACCUCGAUUGAGGGAGACCAGUAGCUCUGAGGGGAUCAGCUCAGCCCCAGAGAGAAGCACUGUCCUUUCUGAAGUGCCCAGUGGUGCUCCCACUGAAGUCUCCAGGACAGAAGUCAUCUCCUCUAGUGGGACAUCCGUGUCAGAGCCUGAUCAGUCCACAGUGUCACCAGACAUCACCACUGAAGUGAUCACCAGGCUUUCCACCUCUCCCAUUAUGACAGAAUCAGCAGAGAGUGCCAUCACUAUUCAUACAGGUUCUCCUGAGGCUAUAUCACAGGGUACCCUCACCUUGGACACCUCAACAACACCCUUUUGGUCAGGGACCCAUUCAACUGCAUCUUCAGGAUUUUCACACUCAGAGAUUACAGCUCUUAUGAGUAGAACUCCUGGAGAUGUGCCAUGGCUGAGCCAUCCCUCUGUGGAAGAAACCAUCCCUAUCUCUUCCCUGCUGUCUUCACCUGCCAUGACCUCACCUUCUCCUUUUUCCUCCACAUUAUCAGAGAGCAUCCUCUCCUCUCAUCCUGUGACUGCACUUCUCACCCCUGGCCCGAUGAAGACCACAGACAUGUUGGGUACAAGCUCAGAACCUGAAAUCAGUUCACCUCCAAAUUUGAGCAGCACCUCAGCUGAAAUAUUAGCCACCUCUGAAGUCACUAAAGAUACAGAGAAAAUGUAUCCCUCCUUGAACACAGCAAUGACCAAUGUAGGAACUUUGGUUUAUAAACAUCAAUCCCCUUCCUCUGUUUUGGCUGACUCAGUGACAACAAAAGCCACAUCUCCAAUGGGUACCACCUCUGCUAUGGAGAAUACAAAUAUUUUCACAUCAACUCCUGCCUUCCCAGAAACGAUGACGAUUCAGACAGAGUCAACUUCCUCCCUGACCUCUGGAUUAAGGGAGAUCAGCACUUCUGAAGAGACAAGCUCAGCCACAGAGAGAAGUGCUUUUCUUUCUGGGAUGCCCACUGGUGCUACUACUGAGGUCUCCAGGACAGGAGCCAUCUCCUCUAGCAGAACAUCCUACCCAGGUCCUGCUCAAUCCACAAUGUCACCAGACCUCUCCACGGAAACCAUCACUAGAAUUUCUACCCCCCUCAACAGGAAAGAAUCAGCAGAAAUGACCAUCACCCCCAAAACAGGUCCAUCUGGGGCAUCCUCACAACGUGCCUUUACCUUGGAUGCAUCAAGCACAGCCUCCUGGCCAGGAACUCACUCAGCUGCAACUCAGAGAUCUCCACAAUCAGCCGUGACCAUUCCUAUGAGCAGAGGUUCUGAGGAUCUGUCAUGGUCAAGCCCCUCAUCAGUGGAAAAAACUAGCCCUCCAUCUUCCCUGGUGCCUUCACCUGCAGUAACCUCACCUUCUCCACUUCAUUCCACAACAUCUGGGAGGAGCCACUCCUCUCCUCUCCUGGAAACUUCUCCUUUCACCUCUGGCACAAUGAAGACCACAGACAUGUUGGACACAAGCUUGGAACCUGUGACCACGUCACCUCCCAGUAUGAAUAUCACCUCAGAUGAGAGUCUGGCCACUUCUAAAGCCACCAUGGAGAUAGAGGCAAUUGAGGUUUCUGAAAACACAGUAAUGACUCAUGUGGGAACCACCAGAACUGUACAGGAAGUAUAUUCCCCUUCCCAAGGCUUCUCAGAGCUACCCAAAGUGACAUCUCCAACGAUUACCCCUUCUACCAUAAAAGAUUUUGUUUCUACAACCAUACCUGCUUCCUCUGAGAUAACAAGAAUUGCGAUGGAGUCAACAUCUACACUGACUCCUACACCAAGGGAGAAUAGCACCUCCCAGGAGAUUCACUCAGCCACAGAGACAAGCACUGUCCCUUACAAAGUGCUCACUGGUGCCAUGAUUGAGGACUCCAGGACACAAGUCACAUCCUCUAGCAGAGGACCUAGCCCUGAUCAGUCAACAAUGUCACCAGGCAUCUCCACUGAAGUGAUCACCAGGCUGUCUACCUCCCCCAUCAAGACAGUAUCUGCAGAAAUGACCAUUACCACCCAAAAGGGUUCUCCUGGGGCCACAUCACAGGGUACCCUCACCUCGGACACCUCAACAACACCCUUUUUGUCAGGGACCCACUCAACUGCAUCUCAAGGAUUUUCACACUCAGAGAUGACCACUCUUAUGAGUAGAACUCCUGGAGAUGUGCCAUGGACGAGCCAGCCCACUGUGGAAGAAACCAGCUCUGUCUCUUCUUUGCUGUCUUCACCUGCUAUGACCUCACCUUCUCCUGUUUCCUCCACAUUCCCAGACAGCGUCACCUCCUCUUCUCUUCCUGUGACAUCACUUCUCACCUUGGGCCCAGUGAAGACCACAGAGCUGUUGGACACAAGUUCAGAACCUGAAACCAGUUCACCUCCAAAUCUGAGCAGCACCUUGGCUGAAAUACUGACCACUUCUGAGGUCACCCCAGAUACAGAGAAACUGGAGGUGACCAAUGUGGGAACUUCAGGUUAUACACAUGAAUCUUCCUCCUCUGUCCUAGCUGACUCAAUGACAACAAAAGCCACAUAUCCAAUGGGUAUCACCUCCCCUAUGGGAGAUACAAGUGUUCUCACAUCAAGUCCUUCCUUCUCUGACACUAGUGGGAUUCAGACAGAGCCAACACUCUCACUGACUCCUGGGUUGAGUGAGAGCAGCACCUCUGAAGGGACUAGCUCAGCCACGGAAACAAGCACUGUCCAUUCUAGCAUGCUCACUGGUGCUACCCCUGAGGUCUCCAGGACAGGAGCCAUCUCCUCUAGCAGAACAUCCACCCAAGGCCCUGCUGAAUCCACAAUGUCACCAGACAUCUCCAUGGAAACCAUCACUAGAAUUUCUAUACCCCCCACCAGGAAAGACUCAGCAGAAAUGACCAUCACCCCCAAAACAGGUCCAUCUGGGGCAUCCUCACAACGUGCCUUUGCCUUGGAUGCAUCAAGCACAGCCUCCUGGCCAGGAACUCACUCAGCUGCAACUCAGGGAUCUCCACAAUCAGCCAUGACCACUCCUAUGAGCAGAGGUUCUGAGGAUCUGUCAUGGUCAAGCCCCUCAUCAGUGGAAAAAACUAGCCCUCCAUCUUCCCUGGUGCCUUCACCUGCAGUAACCUCACCUUCUCCACUUCAUUCCACAACAUCUGGGAGGAGCCACUCCUCUCCUCUCCUGGAAACUUCUCCUUUCACCUCUGGCACAAUGAAGACCACAGACAUGUUGGACACAAGCUUGGAACCUGUGACCACGUCACCUCCCAGUAUGAAUAUCACCUCAGAUGAGAGUCUGGCCACUUCUAAAGCCACCAUGGAGAUACAGACAGUUUACAUUUCUGAAAACACAGCAGUCACCCAUGUGGAAAUGACCAGUGCUAGAGAGGAAUUCUAUUCUUCCUCCCCAGCCUUCUCAGAGCCAACCAAAGUGACGUCCCCAAUGAUUACCUCUUCCUCUAUAAGAGACAACAUUGUUUCCACAACAAUGCCUGGCUCCUCUGGGAUUACAAGGAUUGAGAUAGAGUCAGUGUCUUUUCUGACCCCUGGACUAAGGGAGACCAGAACCUCCCAGGACAUCGUCUCAUCCACAGAGACAAGCACUGUCCUUUACAAGAUGCCCUCUGGUACCACUCCUGAAGUUUCCAGGACAGAAUUUAUGCCCUCUAGCAGAACAUCCAUUCCUGGCCCUGCUCAGUUCACAAUGUCACCAGACAUCGAUGAAGUGGUCACCAGGCUCUCUACCUCCCCCAUCAUGACAGAACCUGCAGAAAUAACCACCACCCAGACAGGUUCUUCUCUAACUACAUCUCAGGUUACUCUUCCCUUGGACACCUCAACUACCUUCUUGUUAGGGACCCACUCGACUGUGUCUCAAGGACUUUCACACUCAGAGAGGACAAAUAUUAUGAGCAGGGGUCUUGAAAAUCUGUCAUGGAUGAGCCCUCACUUUGUGGAAACAACUAGAUCUUCCUCUUCCCUGACAUCAUUACCUCUUAUGACCUCAUUUUCUCCUGUGUCCUCCACAUUAGUAGAGAGUAGCCCCUCCUCUCCUCUUCCUGUGACUUCACUUAUCCUCCCAGGACUGGUGAAGACUACAGAAGUGUUGGGCACUGCAGAAGUGUCAGGCACAAGCUCAGAGCCUAAAACCAGUUCAUCUCCAAAUUUGCACAGUACCUCAGUUGAAAUGCCGGCCACCUCUGAAGUCAUCACAGAUACAGAGAAAAUUCACUCUUCCUCAAACACAGCGGUGACCAAAGUGGGGACCUCCAGUUCUGUCCAUGAAUCUCAUUCCUCUGUCUUAGCUGACUCAGAAACAACUACAACCACAUCAUCAAUGGGCAUCACCUCCCCUAUGGGGGAUGCCAGUGUUUCCACAUCAACUCCUGCCUUCUCUGAGACUAGGGGGAUUCUGACAGAGCCAACAUUCUCAGUGACUCCUGGAUUCAGGGAGACUAGCACCUCUGAAGAGACCAGCUCAAUCACAGAAACAAGUGCAGUCUUUUUUGGAAUGCCCACUAGUGCUAUUACUGAGGUCUCCAUGACAGAAAUCAUGUCCUCUAACAGAACAUGCAUCCCUGACUCUGAUCAGUCCACAGUGUCUCCAGACACAAGCACCGAAGUGAUCACCAGGCUCCCUUCCUCCUCCAUGAUGUCAGAAUCAACAGAAAUGACCAUCACUCCCCAAACAAGUUCUCCUGGGGCUACAACACAGAGUAUGCUUACCCUGACUGCAACCACAACAGCACCCUUGGCAGGGACCCACUCAACUGUUCCUGAAAGAUUUUUACACUCAGAGAUGACAACUCUUAUUAGUAGGAGUCCUAAAAAUCCAUCAUGGAAGAGCUCUCCCUUUGUGGAAAAAAGUAGCUCUUCCUCUUCUGUGUUGUCCUUACCUGCCAUGACCUCACCUUCUGUUUCUUCCACAUUCCCACAGAGUUUCCCUUCCUCCUCUUUUCCCGUGACUUCACUCCUUACCCCAGGCAUGGUGAAGACUACAGCCACCAGCACAGAACCUGGAACAAGUUUAUCUCCAAAUCUGAGCAGCACCUCAGUUGAAAUACUGGCUGCCUCUGAAGUCACCACAGAUGCAGAGAAAAUUCAUCCUUCUUCAAGCACCACAGUGACCAAUGUGGGAACCACCAGUUCUGGACAUGAACUGCGUUCCUCUGUUCCAGUCCACUCUGAGCCAUCUGAGGCUGCAUAUCCAACGGGUACAUCCUCUUCCAUGGCAGAAACCACUAUUUUCACAUCAAUGCCUGCCAAUUUUGAGAUCACAAGGUUUGAGGCAGAGCCAUUUUCUCAUUUGACUUCUGGAUUUAGGGAGACUAGCAUGUCCCUGGACAAAAGCUCAGUCACGCCAACAAAUACACCUUCAUCUCCUGUGUCUACACACCUCUUACAGAGUUCCAAGACUGAUGUCACCUCUUCUGUGAAAACAUCAUUCCCAGACCAACCUCCAGCCUCACAGUAUACUGAAAUUCCAGAGGAAAUAAUCACCCCCUUUAAUGCUUCUCUAUCUGUUAUGGAGUCCACUGGGAUAACCUCCUUCCCAGAAUCCAAGUUUACUGUGUCUGUAUCAGAAAGUACUCAUCAUCUGAGUACAGAUUUGCGGCAUUCAGCUGAGACUAUUUCCACUGGCACAGCGAUGCCUUCUCUAUCAGAGACCAUGGCUUCAUUUGCCACCACUGGAGUUCCACGAGCCAUCUCAGGCUCAAGUAGUCCACUUUCUAGGACAGAGUCAGGCCCUGGAGAUGCUAAUCUGUCCACCAUUGCAGAGAGCCUGCCUUCAUCCACUCCAGUGCCAUUCUCCUCUUCAACCUUCACUGUCACUGAUUCUUCAACCAUCCCAGCCCUCCAUGGGAUAACUUCCUCUCCAGCUACCCCACACAGAAUGGACACCAGUUCUGGGACAGAGGGCAGCACUAUUGAAGGACACUUGGUUACAGUCAGUACUUUGGACACUUGGAGCCAACCAGCUAGGACAUCUUCAUCACCCAUUUUGGAUACCAGAAUGACAGAGAGUGUUGAGCUGGGAACAAUGACAAGUGCUUAUCAAGUUCCUUCACUCUCAACACGAUUGACAAGAACCGAUGGCAUUGUGGAGCGCAUCACAAAAAUACCCAAUGAAGCAGCACACAGAGGUACCAUAAGACCAGUCAAAAGCCCUCAGACAUCUACAUCACCUGCCAGUACUAAAGGACUACACACAGGAGGGACAAAAAGAAUGGAGACCACCACCACAUCUCUGAAGACCACCACCACAGCUUUGAAGACCACUUCCAGAGCCACCUUGACCACCAGAGUCCAUACUCCUACUUUGGGAACACUGACUCCUCUCAAUACAUCGAUGCAAAUGGCCACCACAAGCACUACAGACAUGAUUAUCACAAGCCCACAUGUUUCCCCAGAUGUUCCAGAAAUGACGUCCUCAUUGGCUACCAGCUGGGGAGCAGAGACCAGCACAGCAGUUCCCAGGACAACGCCAUCUGUGUUCAACAGAGAAUCAGAGACCACAGCCUCACUGGCUCCUAGUUCUGGGGCAGAGACAAGUCCAGCUAUUCAAACUCUAGAUGUUUCUUCUAGUGAGCCAGAUACAACAACCUCAUGGGCUAUCCAUCCUGCAGAGACCAUCCCAACUAUUUCCAAGACAACUCCUGAUUUUUUCCACAGUGAAUCAGACACUGUAUCUUCCACAGCCACCAGUCAUGGGGCAGAAGUCACUUCAGCCAUUCCAACAAAUAUCUCACUUAGUGAACCAGGUGCACUGACACCUCUGGUCACUAUUUCUGGGACAGAUAUGAGUACAACUUUCCCAAACCUAACUAAGUCCCCACAUGAAACAGAGACAAGAACCACAUGGCUCACUCAUCAUGCAGAGACCAGCUCAACAGUUCCCAGAACAAUCCUCAAUUUUCCCCAUCAUCAAUCAGAUGCCACACCUUCAGUGGCCACCAGUCCUGGGGCAGAAACCAGUUCAGCCGUUCCAACUAUGACUAUCUCACCUGGUGCAGCAGAUCUGGUGACCUCACAGGUCACUAGUUCUGGGACAGACAGAAAUUUGGCUAUUCCAACUUUGACUCUUUCUCCUGGUGAACGAAAGACCACAGCCUCAUUAGUCACCCAUCCUGAAGGACAGACAAGUUCGGGCAUUCCAACUUUAACGAUCUCACCUGGAGUAUCAGGGAUGGUGACUUCAGUGGUCACCAGUUUGGGGGCAGAGACAAGUGCAACUAAUCCAGCUCUGACCAUCUCCCCUGGUGAACCAGCUACAACAGUUUCAUUGGUCACUCAUCCUGCACAGACCAGCCCAACAGUUCCCUGGACAGCUUCCAUUAUUUUCCAUAGUAAAUUAGACACCAUACCUUCAAUGACCACCAGUCAUGGGACAGAAGCCAGUUCAGCUGUUCCAACUCCACCUGUUUCACCUGAGGUACCAGGAGUGGUGACACCUCUGGUCACUAGUUCCACAGCAGUGAGCAGUACAACUAUUCCAAUUCUGACUCUUUCUCCUGGUAAACCAGACACUACACCUUCAAUGACUACCAGUCAUGGGGCAGAAGCCAGCUCAGCUGUUCCAACUCCAACUGUUUCACCUGGGGUACCAGGAGUGGUGACCUCUUUGGUCACUAGUUCUGUGGCGGCGACCAGUACAACUAUUCCAACUCUAACUCGUUCUCCUGGUGAACCAGAGACCAUACCUUCAAUGGCCACCAGUCAUGGGGCAGAAGCCAGCUCAGCUGUUCCAAAUCCAACUAUUUCACCUGAGGUACCAGAAGUGGUAACCCCCCUGGUCACUAGUUCUAUGGCAGUGACCAGCACAACUAUUCCAAUUCUAACUCUUUCUCCUGGUGAACAAAAGACUAUACCUUCAAUGGCCAGCAGUCAUGGGGCAGAAGCCAGCUCAGCUGUUCCAACUCCAACUGUUUCACAUGGGGUGCCAGGAGUGGUCACCUCUAUGGUCACUAGUUCUAGGGCAAUGACCAGCACAACUAUUCCAACUCUGACUCUUUCUCCUGGUGAACCAGAGACCACACCUUCAAUGGCCACCAGUCAUGGGGCAGAAGCCAGCUCAGCUGUUCCAGCUGUUUCAUCUGAGGUACCAAGAGUGGUGACCUCUCUGGUCACUAGUUCUAGUGCAGUAACCAGUACAAUUAUUCCAACUCUGACUAUUUCUUCUGGUGAACCAGAGACCACACCUUCAUUGAUCACCCAUUCUGAGGCAAAGACAAUUUCAGCCAUUCCAACUUUAGCUGUCUCCCCUACUGUACAAGGGCUGGUGACUUCACUGGUCACUAGUUCCGAGUCAGAGACCAGUGUGUUUCCAAAUCUAACUGUUGCCUCAGGUCCACCAGAGAACACAGCCUCAUGGGUCACUCAUCCUGGGACAGAAGUAAGCUCUGUUUACAGUAAGACUGUCUCCACUGGUGAGCCAUUUACAACGAUCUCAUUUGUCACCUAUCCUGCAGAGAAUAGCUCAACUGUUCCCAGGACAACCCCAAGCUUUUUCCAUAAUGAAUCAGACUCUAUCCCUUCAACAAUCACCAGUCCUGAGGCAGAAUCCAGCUCAGCCAUUUCAACAACUAUCUCACCUGGUAUACCACGUAUGCUGACUUCACUGGUCACUAGCUCUGGGACAGACACCAGUGCAACUUUUCCAACAGUGUCUGAGUUUCCACAUGAAUCAGAGGCAACAGCCUCAUGGGUUACUCAUCCUGCAGUCACCAGCACAACAGUUCCCAGGACAACCUCUAAUUUUUCUCACAGUGAACCAGACACCACACCCUCAAUAGCCACCAGCCCUGGGGCAGAAGCCAGUUCAGCUUUUCCAACAAUAACUGUCUCACCUAAUGUACCAGAUAUGGUGACCUCACAGGUCGCUAGUUCUGGGACAGACACCAGUAUAAGUAUUCCAACUGUGACACUUUCUCCUGGUGAACCAGAGACCACAACCUCAUUUAUCACCUAUUCUGAGACACACGCGAGUUCAGCCAUCCCAACUCUGACUGUCUCCCCUAGUGCAUCAAAGAUGCUGACCUCACUGAUCACUAGUUCUGGGACAGACAGCACUACAACGUUCCCAGUGCUGACCGAGACCCCAUAUGAACCGGAGACAACAGCUACACAGCUCAUUCCUCCUGCAGAGACCAACACAAUGGUUCCCAGGACAACUCCCAAGUUUUCCCAUAGGGAGUCAGACACCACACUCCCAGUUGCGACCACCAGUCCUGGGCCAGAAGCCAGUUCAGCUGUUUCAACCACAGCUGUCUCACCUGGCAUGUCAGAUCUGGUGACCUCACUGCUCCAUAGUUCUGGGGCAGACACCAGUACAAUUUUCCCUACAUUGACUGAGACCCCAUAUGCACCAGAGGCUACAGCCACAUGGUUCGCUCAUCCUGCAGAGACCAGCACAACGGUUCCUAGGACAACUGCCAACUUUUCCCAUAGUGGAGCAGACACGAAGCCCUCAAUGGCCACCAGUCCUAGAGCAGAAGCCAGGUCAGUUGUUCCAACUACAACCAUCUCACCAGGGGUAGUGACCUCACAGGUCACAAGUUCUGCAACAGCCACUAGUGCAGCUAUUCCAAUGUUGACUCCUUGUCUUGGUGAACCAGAGACCACAGCCUCACUGAUUACCCAUCCUGGGGCACAGACUGGCUCCACUGUUCCAACUCUGACUGUUCCCUCUAGUGAGCCAGAUACAACAGCUUCCUGGGUCACUCAUCCUGCACAGACCAGCACACCCAUUUCCAGAACAACCCCUAGUUUUUCCCACAGUAGACCAGAUGCCACACUUUUAAUGGCCACCAGUCCUGGGACAGAAGCCAGUUCAGCUGUGCUGACAACAAUGGUCUCACCUGGUGUACCAGAGAUGGUGACUUCACCGAUCACUAGUUCUGGGGCUGCAACCAGUACAACUAUUCCAACUUUGACUCAUUCUCCUGGUAUGCCAGAGACCACCGCCUUAUUGAUCACCCAUCCUGGCACAGAGACAAACACAUUUCCUGCUUCAACUGUGUUUCCUCAAGUAUCAGAGUCCACACCCUCACUAUCCAUUAGACCUGGUGCAGAGCCUAGUACAGCUCUUCCAACUCAGCCUAGUUCAGCCCUUCCAACUCAGACAGCAUCCUCUCUCUUCACCCUACUUGUAACUGGAACCAGCAGAGUUGAUCUGAAUCCAUCUGCUUCACCUGGUGUUUCUGCAAAAACAGCCUCACUUUCCACCCAUCCUGGGACAGAAACCAGCAGCACAAUUCCGACUUCGACUCUUUCCCUUGGCUUAUUAGAGACUACAGGCUUGUUGAGCACCAGCUCUUCAGCAGAGACCAGCACUCUCACUCUGAGCAUUUCCCCUGCUGUCUCUGGGCUUCCCAGUGCCUCUAUAACAACUGGUAAGCCCCAAACUGUGACCUCCUGGCACACAGGAACCUCACCAUCUGUAACUUCACUUGGACACCCAGAAUUUUCCAGGACUGUCGCAGGUACCACUAUGACCUUGAUACCAUCAGAGACAACAACAUCACCUAAAACCAGUCAUGGAGAAGGAGUGAGUCCAACCACUAUCUUGAGAACGACAACAGUUGAGACCACCACAGGUUCCAGUUCCACUGUGGCCAAGACCACGACCACCUUCAAUACACUGACUGGAAGCUCCUUUGCCCCUCUGACCACACCUGGGAUCUCCACCUUGGCCUCUGAGAGUGUGACCUCAAGAACAGCUGACAUUCCUUUGUUGAUGCCUUUCACUGUCAACUUCACCAUUACCAACCUGCAAUACAUGAAGGACAUGGUGUUCCCGGGCUCUGAAAUAUUCAAUGCCACUGAGAAGAUCCUGCAGCAGCUGCUCAAGCCUUUGUUCCAGAACAGCAGUAUUGGUUCCCUCUAUGCUGGCUGCAGGCUGACCUCGCUCAGGCCAGAGAAGGACGGAUCAGCCACGGCAGUGGACGCCAUCUGCACACAUCGCCCCGACCCUGCAGGGCUCAGACUGGACAGAGAGCGACUAUACUGGGAGCUGAGCAAGCUGACCAAUGGCAUCCACAAGCUGGGCCCCUACACCCUGGACAGGAACAGCCUCUAUGUCAAUGGUUUCACCCAUCGGAGCUCUGUGUCCACCAUCAGCACUCCUGGGACCUCCAUAGUGGAUAUGGGAACCUCAGGGACUCCAUCCUCCAUCUCCAGCCCCAUGACAGCUGUUCCUCUCCUGGUGCCAUUCACCCUCAACUUCACCAUCACCAACCUGCAGUAUGAGGAGGACAUGUGUCGCCCUGGCUCCAGGAAGUUUAACACAACAGAGAGGGUCCUACAGGGUCUGCUCAGGCCCCUGUUCAAGAACACCAGUGUUGGCCCUCUGUACUCUGGCUGCAGACUGACCUUGCUCAGGCCCGAGAAGGAUGGGGCAGCCACUGGAGUGGAUGCCAUCUGCACCCACCGCCUUGGCCCCAAAAGCCCUGGACUCAACAGGGAGCACCUGUACUGGGAGCUAAGCAAGCUGACCAAUGGCAUCAAAGAACUGGGCCCCUACACCCUGGACAGGAACAGUCUCUAUGUCAAUGGUUUCACCCAUCGGAGCUCUGUGCCCACCACCAGCACUCCCGGGGCUUCCACAGUGGAUCUUGGAACCUCAGGGACUCCACCCUCCCUCUCCAGCUCCACUAUUACAGCUGCUGGCCCUCUCCUGGUGCCGUUCACCCUCAACUUCACCAUCACCAACCUUCAGUAUGAGGAGGACAUGCAUCGCCCUGGCUCCAGGAAGUUCAACACCACGGAAAGGGUCCUGCAGGGUCUGCUUGGUCCUAUAUUCAAGAACACCAGUGUUGGCCCUCUGUACUCUGGCUGCAGACUGACCUCUCUCAGGUCUGAGAAGCAUGGGGCAUCCACUGGAGUGGAUGCCAUCUGCACUCACCAUCUUGACCCUAAAAGCCCUGGACUCAACAGAGAGCGGCUGUACUGGGAGCUGAGCCAUCUGACCAAUGGCAUCAGAGAGCUGGGCCCCUACACCCUGGAUGGGAACAGUCUCUAUGUCAAUGGUUUCGCCCCUCGGAGCUCUGUGCCCACCACCAGCACUCUUGGGACCUCCACAGUGGACCUAGGAACCUCAGGGACUCCAUCCUCCCUUCCCAGCCCCACAACAGCUGGCUCUCUCCUGGUGCCAUUCACCCUCAACUUCACCAUCACCAACCUGCAGUACGAGGAGGACAUGCAUCAACCUGGCUCCAGGAAGUUUAACACCACAGAAAGGGUCCUGCAGGGCCUGCUUGGUCCCAUAUUCAAGAACACCAGUGUCGGCCCUCUAUAUUCUGGCUGCAGACUGGACUCUCUCAGGCCCAAGAAGCAUGGGGCAUCCACUGAAGUGGAUGCCAUCUGCACCUACCAUCUUGACCCCAAAAACCCUGGACUCAAUAGAGAGCAGCUGUACUGGGAGUUGAGCCAGCUGACCAGUGGCAUCAAACAGCUGGGCCCCUACACCCUGGAUGGGAACAGUCUCUAUGUCAAUGGUUUCACCCACAGGAGGUCCGUGCCCACCACCAGCACUCCUGGGACCUCCACAGUGGGACCUGGAACCUCAGCAACUCCAUCCUCCUUCCCCAGCCCCACAACAGCUGUUCCUCUAUUGGUGCCGUUCACCCUCAACUUCACCAUCACCAACCUGCAGUAUGAGGAGGACAUGCAUCAUCCUGGAUCCAGAAAGUUCAACACCACAGAGAGGGUCCUGCAGCGUCUGCUUGGUCCCUUAUUCAAGAACUCCAGUGUCGGCCCUCUGUACUCUGGCUGCAGACUGACCUCUCUUAGGUCUGAGAAGCAUGGGGCAGCCACUGGAGUGGAUGCUAUCUGCACUCACUGUCUUGACCCUAAAAGUCCUGGACUCAACAGAGAGCAGCUGUACUGGGAGCUGAGCCAGCUGACCAAUGGUAUCAAAGAGAUGGGCCCCUACACCCUGGACAGGAACAGUCUCUAUGUCAAUGGUUUCACCCAUUGGAGCUCCAUGCCCACCACCAGCACUCCUUGGACUUCCACAGUGGACCUUGGAACCCUAGGGACUCCAUCCUCCCUUCCCAGCCCCACGGCAGCUGUUCCUCUCCUGCUGCCAUUCACCCUCAACUUCACCAUCACCAACCUGCGGUAUGAGGAGGACAUGCAUCGUCCUGGCUCCAGGAAGUUCAAAACCACAGAGAGAGUCCUGCAGGGUCUGCUCAAGCCCUUGUUUAAGAACACCAGUGUCGGCCCUCUGUACUCUGGUUGCAGACUGACCUUGCUCAGACCUGAAAUGGAUGGGGCAGCCACUGGAGUGGAUGCCAUCUGCACCCACCGCCUUGAUCCCACUGGCCCUGGACUGGACAAAGAGCAGCUAUACUGGGAGCUGAGCCAGCUGACCAAGAGCAUCACAGAGCUGGGCCCCUACACCUUGGACAAGGGCAGUCUCUAUGUCAAUGGCUUCACCCGUCGGAGCUCUGUGCCAACCACCAGCACUCCUGGGACCUCCACAGUGCAUUUGGGAACCUCUGGAAUUCCAUCCUCCCUACCUAGACCCACAGUGCCUGGACCUCUCCUGGUGCCAUUCAACCUCAACUUCACCAUCACCAACUUGCGGUAUGAGGAGGACAUGCGACAUCCUGGCUCCAGGAAGUUCAACACCACGGAGAGGGUCCUACAGGGUCUGCUCAGGCCCUUGUUCAAGAAUACCAGUAUUGGCCCUCUGUACUCCAACUGCAGACUGACCUUGCUCAGGCCAGAGAAGGACAAGGAAGCCACUGGAGUGGACGCCAUAUGUACCUACCACCUUGAUGCCCAAAGCCCUGGACUGGAUAGAGAACAGCUGUACUGGGAGCUGAGCUGGUUAACCCAUAACAUCACUGAGCUGGGCCCCUACACCCUGGACAGGGACAGUCUCUAUGUCAAUGGUUUCACUCAUUGGAUCUCCAUAUCAACCACCAUCACUCCUGGGACAUCCACCGUGCACCUGGGAACCUCUGGGAUCCCAUCUUCCCUCCCUAAACCUACAGCCGCCAGCCCUCUCUUAGUGCCAUUCACACUCAACUUCACCAUCACUAACCUACAGUAUGAGGAGGACAUGGGUCACCCUGGCUCCAGGAAGUUCAACACCACGGAGAGGGUUCUGCAGGGUCUGCUCAAGCCCUUGUUCAACAGCACCAGUGUUGGACCUCUAUACUAUUGCUGCAGACUGAGCUUGCUCAGGCCUGAAAAGGAUGGAGCAGCCACCAGAUUAGACACCGUCUGCCACUAUCGCCCUGACCCCAAAAGCCCUGGGCUAGACAGAGAGCAGCUGUACUGGGAGCUGAGCCAGUUGACCCACAGCAUCACUGAGCUGGGCCCCUACACCCUAGACAGGAACAGUCUUUAUGUCAAUGGAUUCACCCAUCGGAGCCCUGUGCCCACCACCAGCACUCCUGGGACCUUCACAGUACAGCUGGAAACCUCUGGGACUCCAUCAUCCCGCCCUGGUCUCACAGCCACCGGCCCCCUACUGCUGCCAUUUACCCUCAAUUUUACCAUCACUAACCUGCAGUAUGAGGAAGACAUGCAUCGCCCUGGCUCCAGGAAGUUCAACACCACGGAGAGGGUCCUUCAGGGUCUGCUCAGGCCCUUGUUCAAGAACACCAGUGUCGGCCUUCUAUACUCUGGCUGCAGACUGGCCUUACUCAGGCCUGAGAAGGAUGGGGCAGCUACCAGAGUGGAUGCUGUCUGCAGCCAUCGUCCUGACCCCAAAAACCCUGAGCUGGACAGAGAGCGGCUGUACUGGGAGCUGAGCCAGCUGACUCAGAGCAUCACUGAGCUGGGCCCCUACACCCUGGACAAGAGCAGUCUCUACGUCAAUGGUUUCACCCAUCGGAGUUCCCUGAUGACCACCAGAACUCCUGAGACCUCCACAGUGCAUCUGAGAACCUCUAGAACUCCAGCCUCCCUGUCUGGACCCACGGCCGCCAGCCCUUUCCUGGUGCUAUUCACAAUUAACUUCACCAUCACUAACCUGCGGUAUGAGGAGAACAUGCAUCACCCUGGCUCUAGAAAGUUUAACACCACAGACAGAGUCCUUCAGGGUCUGCUCAGGCCUCUGUUCAAGAACACUAGUGUUGGCCCUCUGUACUCUGGCUGCAGACUGACCUUGCUCAGGCCUGAGAAGAAUGGUGCAGCCACUGGAGUGGAUGCCAUCUGCACCUACCGCUCUGACCCUAAAAACCCCGGGCUGGACAGAGAGCAGUUAUACUGGGAGCUGAGCCAGCUGACCAAGAGCAUCACUGAGCUGGGCCCCUACACCCUGGGCAGGAACAGUCUCUAUGUCAAUGGCUUCACACAGCAGAGAUCCGUGCCCAGCACCAGCACUCCUGGGACCUCCUCAGUGGACCUGGGAACAUCUGAGACUCCAGCUUCUCAAUCUGGCCCCUCGGCUGCCAGCCCUCUCCUGGUGCUAUUCACUCUCAACUUCACCAUCACCAACCUGUGGUAUGAGGAGAACAUGCAGCCCCCUGGCUCCAGGAAGUUCAACACCACGGAGAGGGUCCUUCGGGGCCUGCUCAGGCCCCUGUUCAAGAGCACCAGUGUUGGCACUCUGUACUUCGGCUGCAGACUGACCUUGCUCAGGCCUGAGAAGGAUGGGGAAGCCACUGGAGUGGAUGCCAUCUGCACCCACCAGCCUGAUCCCAAAAGCCCUGGGCUGGACAGAGAGCAGCUAUACUGGGAGCUGAGCCAGCUGACCCAUGGCAUCACUGAGCUGGGCCCCUACACCCUGGACAGGGACAGCCUCUUUGUCAACGGUUUCACCCAUCGGAGCUCUGUGCCCACCACCAGCACUCCUGGGACCCCCACAGUAGAUCUGGGAACGUCUAAGACUUCAGCCUCGACACUUGGCCCUUCAGCUGCCAGCCAUCCCCCAAUACCAUUCACCCUCAACUUCACCAUCACUAACCUGCGAUAUGAGGAGAACAUGUGGCCUGGCUCCAGGAAGUUCAAUGCUACAGAGAGGGUCCUUCAGGGUCUGCUAAGGCCCUUGUUCAAGUACACCAGUGUUGGCCCUCUGUACUCUGGCUGCAGACUGACCUUGCUCAGGUCUGAGAAGGAUGGGGAAGCUACCAGAGUGGACGCCAUCUGCACCUAUCGCCCUGACCCCACAGGCCCUGGGCUGGACAGAGAGCAGCUGUAUUUGGAGCUGAGCCAGCUGACCCACGGCUUCACUGAGCUGGGCCCCUACACCCUGAACAGGGACAGUCUCUAUGUCAAUGGUUUCACCCAUCGGAGCUCUGUGCCCACCACCAGCACCACAAGCCCUACCCUGGUGACCUUUAUCCUCAACUUCACCAUCACAAACCUGCAGUACAUGCCGGACAUGAAGCAUACAGGUUCUGCAGUGUUUAACACAACUGAGAAGGCUUUGCAGCGCAUGCUUGGCCCUUUGUUCAAGAGCACCAAUAUUGGCCCACUGUACUCUGGCUGCAGACUGAUCUCGCUCAGGCCCAUGAAGAAUGGAUCUGCUACCAGAGUGGAUGCCAUCUGCACCCACAGCUCUGAGCCCACAAGCACUGGGCUGGACAGAGAGAGGCUGUACUGGGAGCUGAGUCGUGAGACCCAUGGAGUCACCCGGCUGGGCUUCUACACCCUGGGCAGGGACAGCCUUUAUGUCAAUGGUUACACUCACCAGGUCCUGACCUCCACCCCCAGCAUUGUGAUGGCGUCUACUUCUGGGACCCCAGUUCCAACCUCCACAGCCGUAGGACCACCCCUGGUGCUGUUCACCCUCACCUUCACCAUCACCAACCUGGAGUACAGGCAAGACAUGCUGCCUUCAUACUCCGUGAUCUUCAACAACACAGAGAAGGUGCUUCAGCGCCUGCUUGACCCCUUGUUCAAGAACACCAGUGUUGGUCCUCUGUACUCUGGUUGCAGACUGGCCUUGCUCAGGCCCAAGAAGAAGACGACAGCCACUCAGGUGGAUGCCAUCUGCACCUACCACCCCAACCCCGUAGGCUUUAGACUGGACAAAGAGCAUCUGUACUGGGAGCUGAGCCAGCUCACCCAUGGCAUCACUGAGCUGGGCCCCUACACCCUGGACAGGGACAGUCUCCUUGUCAAUGGCUACGCACCCCAGAAUUCAUCAAUCCAGGGUGAGUACCAGAUAAAUUUCCGCAUCGUCAACUGGAACCUCAGUAAUCCAGACCCAACAUCCUCAGAGUACAUCGCCCUGCUGAGGGACAUCCAGGACAAGGUCACCACACUCUACAAAGGCAGUCAACUGCACGACGUGUUCCGCUUCUGCCUUGUCACCAACUUGACGAUGGGCUCCAUGUUGGUCACAGUCAAGGCAUUGUUCUCCUCCAAUCUGGAUCCCAGCCUUGUGGAGCAAGUAUUUCUAAAUAAAACCCUGAAUGCCUCAUCCCAUUGGCUGGGAACCACCUACCAGUUGAUGGACAUGCAUGUGACAGAAAUGGAGUCAUCAGUGUAUCAACCCACGAGCAGUUCCAGCACCCAGCACUUCCCCCUGAAUUUCACCAUCACCAACCUACCGUAUUCCCAGGACGGAGCCCACCCAGGCACUGCCAAUUACCAGAGGAACAAAAGGAAUAUUGAGGAUGCGCUCAACCAAGUCUUCCGAAACAGCAGCAUCAAGAGUUAUUUUUCUGACUGUCAAGUUUUAACAUUCAGGUCCGUCCCCAGUAGCAGCCACACCGGGGUGGACUCUCUGUGUAACUUCUCACCACUGGCUCGGAGGAUAGACAGAAUUGCCAUCUACGAGGAAUUCCUGCGGAUGACGCAGAAUGGCACCCAGCUGCAGAACUUCACCCUGGACAGGAACAGUGUCCUUGUGGAUGGGUAUUCUCACAACAGCAAUGAGGCCUUAACUGGGAAGUCUGACCUUCCCUUCUGGGCCAUCAUCCUCAUCUGCUUGGCGGGACUCCUGGGACUCAUCACAUGCCUGAUCUGUGGUUUCCUGGUGACCACCUGCCGGCGAAAGAAGGAAGGAGAAUACAUCAUCAGGCAACAGCACCCAGGCUACUGCAAGUCACACCUAGACCUGGAGGAUCUGCAAUGACUGGAACUUCCCGGCGCUCGGGGUCCCUUUUCCCCAGCCAGGGUGCAAAGAAACUGAGCUGGGGCAGAAAUAAACCAUGCUGAUUGGACACAAGUCUCUGAGCCUUUCUUGACAUGACCCUUGACUGGUUCAUGUUGGGCUAAGAGAACAGUCUUCCCCCUUCAUGAAGUCCUGAAGGCAACCCCCAGUUGUGUUUUGUGGCUUCACACCAUGGCAUCCCUUAGGAACAGCAGAAUUGGUGAAACUGGUUGUAUUUGGCUCUUCUUGCACUGGGACAAAGGAAUACCAGGGCGGGCUCAAUGGCUCACACCUAUAAUCCCAGCACUUUGGGAGGCCAA